CCCUUCGAUGCCAAAUCCUGAUGUCCGACGAUGAGACUCGACCUGCUCAAGAUGAAAGCCUCAGGAUUAUUAAUAUUCAAGGCGCUCGUAUCAAUCUUGGUAGCACCGCUGAUCAAAUGCAAAGGCUCGCGCAUGCUAACGACUUGCCCGCGCCCAAAAUAGGUGGUGUUUCUGUCCGACUGGGUCCGGAUGUGAUUGGGCAGCAGCGGGGCACAGACAAUUUUUCAUGGACGCAGUGACGCCGAGCCCAACCAUUGUUCUGCGACGCGCUUUCCGGGCCUUCAAUUUCAGUCUUCUUCUUCCACACAACGCCCCGCACCCAGAACCUCGUGCAACACCGACUGCACAUACCUGCGCUUACGCUCGCUGCACAUCCUAAACCACUCGCCCGUCCAUAUACACAACCGCAAUCAUGCCUCCAAGCAAAUGGGAUGACGAGGAAGAGGAUACACCUCCUUCAUCGCCUCCCGCACCUGCCCUCCGCCGCGGCAAGUUUGACGACGAGGAAGACGACGACGAUGUCCUAGAGUCAUGGGACGCCGCCGAGGACUCAGAAGUCGAGCGCGAGAAGGCGAAGAAGGCCGCCGAGGCCAAGGCGAAAGCGGAGGCUGAGGCGAAGGCAAACCACAAGUCCCGCGCGCAGCGCAUCAAGGAGCGACAAGAGGAGAACAUGCGCAGGAGGCUGGCUGGCGAGGAGGAAUCUGAUGAUUCGGAGGAGGACGAGGCCACGCGCCGUGCCCGGUUACGAAAGAGCGAGCAGGACGCCGACCUUGCACACGCUGAGGACCUCUUUGGCGGCGCUGGCCUCAGCGUGGGCACCAAGCCGCGCGUCGCUGGCUCUAAGGCCGUCACCCUCACCGAUGAGAGCGAUCCGAACAACGUCAUCGAUCUCAGCUCGCUGAAGAUCUUCAACCCGCAGACCAAGGACCAGUUCACCCACCUCCGCGAAACACUCACGCCGCUAAUUAGCAACAACUCCAAGAAGGCUCAGUACUCCCUCUUCUUGCAGGAAUUCACCAAGCAGAUUGCCAAGGACCUGCCCAGCGAGCAGAUUAAGAAAAUUGCCAGUGGCCUGACCACCCUUAGCAACGAGAAGAUGAAGGAGGAGAAGGCUGCCGAGAAGGGCGGCAAGAAGACCAAGGCGGCCAAGACAAAGGUCGCUCUGAACGCUACCCGUGAUGUCGCGUUCAAGGCAGACACCAACGCGUACGACGACGACUUUGGCGAUGACGACUUCAUGUGAGGCUCUCCCCUCUCAGUGUUCUCAAAUAUACCACGCCUUCCGUCUCUCCGACCGCCAGCAGAGCUACACUCGCCGCGCCGCUGCAAACGCAGAGCAGUAGUGUCGAUCCGAUUCUGAGACGGCCGGGAAACCCUAGGGUAGAGAUGGACUGGCGUUACGGCUUUGACAUUUUGCGGCUUUGAUCCCCUGCAUAGCUUUUGCGUAAUCUGUUUUCCUUCCACAGUUUGGCAGUAGGGAGCGGCAUAGCGUGCAUGGGAAUAUGACGGAUGGCUCUACGGUUACGGAUAGACGGCUGGGGAAUGCAGGUCGUGAGCAGAUAUGAAAAGUUCAGUGCUCUUGCAUUUGUAGCGUAUUUGUGAUGUGGUUCGUCAACCUGGUAUAAUCUGAAAUGCACGCAGUGAUUUGCA